AUGGCCUUGUCCAAGCUCCGCGUUGGCUACGUUCCAGAGCAUUUUGCUGCGCCGCUCUUGCAGCUUGCAGAUACGCCAUGGGGGAAGACGCAUGUUGAACUUAUUGAGCAGCCGUCCGGUACGGGUCAAAUGCUUACAUCCCUGGACGCCGCCGCGCCGGGUGGUCAAAAAAUCGAUGUGGCCGUCGCGCUUACCGAGGCGCUGAUCGCGGGAGUUGCGAAAGGACGCAGUGACUACCAGUUGGUUGGUACCUAUGUGCGAAGCAGUCUGAACUGGGCCAUCAUCGCGGGAACGGAGCGCGGGGCAGACCGCUACCAAAGUGUGCCCGACUUGCGUGACGCAAAGGUGGGUGUCAGUCGCCUCGGCAGCGGUUCGCACAUUAUGGCGAGCGUACUAGCACUGGAACAGGGAUGGGUCGGUCCUGACGGCAAGGUCGCGAAGCAAGAGUUUGUAGUGAACAAUGAUUUCAAGACGCUGCGCGACGGUGUAAAUCAAGUACCAGGCCACGAAACGGGCUUUUUUAUGUGGGAAUGGUUCACUACGAAACCGUAUCGGGACACGGGCGAAAUCCGAUUCCUUGGCUCGAUUCCUACGCCGUGGUCGUCCUGGGCGAUCGCAGCGAGCAAACAUACGGCAACCGUGCCGGAGAAUGCAGGCGUACUAAAAGCGUUUCUCGACCAUCUCGACGCAUCGAUCCGCGCAUUUGCCAACCCAUCGACCCGCGCUGACCACUCUUUGCACAAAUUUAUUCAGUCCGUGCACCAGUACAAGCCUGAGGAUGUGGAAGCGUGGGCCGAAAAGGUGCGCUGGGCCGGCGAGGAGACGCCCGAUCCGGAAGGCAUCAGGCCGCUGGAUCCCAAGGCGAAUGCGGUGAAUGCACACUCUGUCUCUGGCGCAAUGAUCCUCAAUACAUUGCGCAUUCUCGAGGAGGCGGGCGUGCUGCAGCGCCCUGCCAACGGAUGGUCGCCGGCGUCGUUUGUCGACACCAGCGUUGCUCAGCUGCUCUAG